AUGAUCCCCCGGUUAGUUCUCCUGCCCCUGCUGCUCAUGCUUCCAGUGUACGUCAACCGAGUCCGCUCAGUGAAGGGCUGUGUCACCUACGUGCCGGAUGAUGACUACAACGAAAAGUCCAGUAUCUGCGAUAGACUGGAUACUCAUUUCACCCAAAUCCCUUCCACUCUACCAAGGGAUGUUGUUAGGCUCACAAUCAACCAUCAAAACAUAGAGGUCCUUGACAGACGUCAGCUAGAACACUUGCCAAAUCUGACAUACUUGGAUUUGGAUUCGAACGGACUAACAGUUAUAAGAAGAGAUGCUUUCCUUCCAGUCCCAAACCUUCGAGAACUCAGUCUUCGGUUUAAUAAUCUCACUCUUGCCGUAGAUUCUUUUCAUCCUAAUGCAUUAACUAGUGUCAACACACUAGAGGCGCUAAAUCUCAUGCGAAAUCCUAUCGGUAGAGUGCCAGCACACUACUUCUACCCCAUGCGGAAUAAACUGCGUUCUCUGGUUCUGGCUGGAGCCAGCCCAGACUUCCACAUCUCUACUGAGGCACUGGAAGGUCUGUUUAAGUUGGAGAUUCUGGAUCUUUCCUAUAACAACAUCGAAACCCUUCCCAACACUUUCAAUGGGCUAUUCACAACAAUGCAGUUAAAACAGCUCUUCCUAUUUGGCAAUCCAUGGCGUUGCGACUGUACUUUGCGAUGGUUGCGAGAGUGGAUGGAUCGACACAACACCACUCAGUAUUACAUCGAUCCUAGAGGGGUGGAUGCAAAUGGAUACGUGGCUGAUCCACUGCUACCGAUGGAACCAGGGUCCAUGGAGAAUGUUGCCUAUCCUAAGUGUGCAUCUCCACCCCGUCUAGCUGGACGUGCGCUGUUCCCUAUCCUCACUGUACAAACUAACCCCAUCGUUCCCUCUGAAAUGGCCUGUCCUCCUAGACCAAAACGAUCUUCUUUUGUUGUUCGCGGAAAAAUGGGUGAUAAUAUCACCCUUACAUGUGAUUUUGAUGCUUCCUCUGUGGAUGAGGUGUUGUGGUAUAAGAACGGUAACCCGAUUGUCUCCACAUCUCGGGUACGAGUAAGACAGGUUUAUCAUGGUCAAAUUGCCGUGGAACUAUUUUUAUCGGGGAUACAAGAUUCUGACGUUGGAACUUACAUAUGUCUUCUGAAAAAUGAUUUUGGAAAGGCAAAUACAACCAUCACACUGAGUCUUGUUGAUUCAAAAUGGAUGCAGGGAGGGAACGCUGAAGUAGGAUUCAUUGGCUGGCUGGAUCAGUUCAAUUCCAACACAGUGCUCAAGUAUUCUAGCAUAGCAGCAGUCAUUAUAGUGAUCCUUCUCAUCACUGUGGGAACAAUUCUUUACUGUUUGUGUCGAAGAUCACCAAAAAAUGUUGCAAAGGCUUUGUCCAAUCCACCGCAUCCGAAGUCGUCCUUCACUGAGAUGGCGCCAUUGAAUGGAAUUCACUCGGUUACCACAGAUGGAGCCGUUAACAGCCGACGAUUGCAACCUCCACGAUAUUCGCCAUCUCACGAUCUCUCCUUCACUCAGCAUCACCAACCUUACAUCCUCUCGUUUCAAGAUAGUCAUCCGCUUUAUUCCAUGGCUGAGCAUGGAGGGGUGGACGUUGCAGGUAGCUGUCCAGUUCAUGGAAUCUCUAAGUCUUCUUCCUCUUUCAUAUCUAGCGAAAAAUCCUUCGAUUUAGGCAGUCCAAGAUUUAAUACUCUGGACAAAGGCAUGAAUGCUUAUGGAGGCCUUACUACAGUUCCGGUAUCACAAAUUCCCGAAGUGUUAGCAACACCGAUUACCUCGUCUUCAGUAAUGCUGGUGGGGGAGCCAGAGUCUGGAGCAAAUGCUCAGGCGGCCGACUAUGUGCUCUGUCCCAGGCAUGGAAACGUGCUGGCUUCAUUGGGAUCUCCACAAGGAAAUGGAACCAGAGUUGAUUCCCAACUAAGUCCAGUAGUUCGGACGACAAGAACGAUUAAGCUGAACCCCUUUCCUCCUCCAUCAAGAAACUCGACGACGCUCAAAACAAAGCAUGUGGAGUUUGCUGAUACUCCCACUGCGACGACUGUGGAAGAGAACCAUCCAGAAGUUGUCCCAAUGACGUCAGCAAUGAUGGGCAAUGGGGACAAGUCCUCGGGAUUCAUCACCACCGUCUAG